AUGACAAAAGUGAACAAGCCGCCGGAGAAAACGAAUCAAAGAACUAGAGGAUCGAUUAACACACACGCUGCUAAUCCAGUAGCCGCCGUUGUUCCGGAUAGGUUGUGCUAUUCGUGUAGAAAACCUGGUCACCGCAUUCAGGAUUGUGGAAUGUUCAAAGCGCUGCCUAUGGAAGAACGUUGGAGGUACGUGAAUACGAACGGACUUUGCCGAAACUGCUUGAAUGCCCACGGGAAACGUAGCUGUCGCAGCAAGGGCUCGUGUGGCAUCCAGGGUUGCGAGUAUCGUCAUCAUCCUCUACUGCACGCAGCACGAAACAAUCAAGUCUUGAACGGCCAACACCAACAUUCAGUGGGAAACUUCACGCAUAGAGUACUCGAACAAGUCAUCCUGUUUCGUAUUGUGCCUGUGGUGUUACGCGGGAGUAAAGCUACCAUUAACACGUUCGCUUUUCUCGACGAAGGAUCGUCACUGACGCUUGUCGAAGAUAAACUAGCAAACGAGCUCGGCGCCAACGGGAUUACGAAGCCUUUGUGUCUGAUGUGGACCGGAAACGUGACGAGGAUGGAAUCAGCAUCAAAACAAAUUUCUCUGACGAUCUCGGCGGUGAACGGAAAUAAGGAGUACGAGGUAGAAGAUGCACGUACAGUGAAGGAGUUGUCUCUUCCAAAACAAACAGUAUCAUUUGAACGCUUGGUCAACCAGUAUCGUCAUCUCCAAGGACUUCCGAUUGCCAGCUAUGAAGAUGCAACACCCAGACUGUUGAUAGGAGUAAAUAAUUUGAAUCUGAUUGUUCCACUACGAACUAAAGAAGGCCUACGUUACGAACCCGUUGCUGUCAAAACCAGAUUGGGUUGGUGCGUCUACGGCGGAAAGACGGGUGAUGGAACAACACAUACAGUGAACUGUCAUUCAUGCGGUUGCACUGUAACUCAAGAGCUGCAUAACACAGUGAGAGAUUAUUUCGCGCUAGAAGAUGUCGCGGCUAAGGCGGUUACCGUGCUUGUGUCAGAGGAAGAGAAGCGUGCUCAUCGUAUCCUGGAACAAACGACAACUCGUAUUGGCAAACGCUUCGAAACGGGGCUGCUAUGGAAGUAUGACCAUAUUGAGUUCCCUGAUAGCUACAAUAUGGCUAUAAGCCGACUGGAAUGCCUGGAGAAGAAACUGUCACGAGAACCGAAGCUUAAGGAGAUCGUUCAGGAGCAGUUGACUGCAUACCAAACAAAAGGCUACGCCCAUCUCGCUUCAAAGGAGGAACUACUCAAUGCGGACCUGAAACGAGUCUGGUAUCUGCCACUAGGACUGGUGACGAAUCCUCGGAAGCCAGGCAAAGUGCGAAUAAUUUGGGAUGCAGCGGCGAAGGUCAGCGGAAUUUCUCUCAAUACGGCGCUUCUGAAAGGUCCCGAUCAACUGACUUCGUUACCAGCGGUCCUGUUACGUUUCCGCCAGUUCAAAGUUGGAGUUACCGCAGACAUCAAAGAGAUGUUCCAUCAAAUCUCUAUACGCAAAGAAGAUCGCCAUUCUCAGCGAUUCCUCUGGCGUUCGGAUCCUUCACACCGUCCGGAGAUCUUCUUGAUGGAUGUGGCGACGUUUGGAUCAACGUGUUCACCCGCAUCAGCGCAAUUUGUGAAAAACAAAAACGCUGAAGAGUUUCGGGAACAAUAUCCUCGCGCCGUGGAGGGCAUAAUUGAAAACCAUUAUGUGGACGACUGCUUGGAGAGUUUUGAGAGCGCUGAAGAAGCCUUGCGCGUCAGUCGAGAAAUGCGCAUGAUACACGAUGAAGGAGGCUUCGAACUGAGAAGCUGGCAUUCGAACAGUGCAGAAGUGCUAAAUGGCUUAGGCGAAACCAAAUCAGCUGAAACGAAGACCAUCGUUCAAGGCGGUGGAUUCGAGCGCGUACUAGGACUACUGUGGAGUACGGAAGCAGAUGAACUUCACUUCUCUACAACGAUGACGAACGAGAUCCAGAACUUGGUGGAAGGCAACCAACGUCCAACUAAAAGACAGAUGCUGAAAUGCCUAAUGGGUUUCUUUGACCCACUGGGACUUAUGAGUUUCUUCCAUAUCCAUGGUAAGAUGCUUCUGCUAGACGUCUGGCGAUCGGGAAUCGAGUGGGAUGAUGUGGUCAGCGAUAGUAUCUUUGAGCGUUGGCUGAAAUGGACAAGACUCUUCAGCGAAGUUAGCGUAGUGCGCAUACCCAGGUGUUACUUCCACGAAGCGACCCUAGAACACUAUGAUGGACUACAGCUGCACGUUUUUGUGGAUGCUAGCGAGGUAGCUUACUCCGCAGCUGCUUAUUUUCGAAUAGUGAAUCCUCACGGUGUAGGCGAAUGUGCGUUGGUCGCUGCGAAGGCGAAAGUAGCUCCAUUGAAGCCCCUCUCAGUGCCUAGGAUGGAAUUGCAAGCAGCUGUUUUGGGAUCGCGGUUGAUGAAAUUCGUGGAAGAAGCUCAUAGUCUCACCAUAGCGCGAAGGUACUUGUGGACCGAUUCGGCUACUGUGCUGUCGUGGCUUCGAGCGGAUCAUCGCUGGUAUAAGCUUUUCGUGGCCUGUCGUUUUGGAGAGUUACUUACCACAACGGAUGUCGGCGACUGGCGAUGGGUGCCCUCGAAAUUUAACCCUGCUGAUGCCGCAACCAAGUGGGGUAAAGGCCCAAAAUUGACAACGGACAGUAUGUGGUUCAAAAGUCCAGAAUUCUUAUGCGAACCGGAGACAAGUUGGCCUGUUCAAAGAAUUCGUUCCGUGGACACGGAAGAAGAGUUGCGCCCUUGCUAUGCGCACCGCGGAAUUAUCCUGCCAACGCUGAUAAUCGAUUUGGAUCGAUUUUCAAAGCUUUCUCGGGCGGUGAGGACCAUGGGCCACGUGCAUAGAUUUCUGGGGAACCUGAAACGGAAGCGACUCAGCGAGAAUGCGGUAAAUGGAAGAUUCAGUUCGGAGGAGCUCAAAUCGGCAGAACGCUCAUUGAUACGGAUGGUGCAAUGGCAGGCAUUUCCCGAUGAAAUGGCGAUAACAGCGCGAAAUCAACAGAAAUCAGCUGAGCAGUGGGAACCUCUGGACAAGAGCAGCAGAAUUUACCAGUUGUCUCCGAUCGUGGAUGAUUAUGGGGUGCUCCGGAUCGGCGGACGCAUUGGGAAAGCCCCUAAUAUCGACCUAGAUGCGAAGUUUCCGGUCAUACUCCCACGAAAUCAUAGGUUUACCACACUAUUGGUGGACGAUUACCACCGUAAGUUUCGUCAUGGUAACCACGAAACCGUGACAAAUGAAAUACGCCAAAAGUAUUAUGUACCGAGAUUGAGAGUAGCAGUGAAGCAGCAAGCAACAGCUUGUCAAUGGUGCAAAAUAAAUAAGGUCAAGCCGCAAACUCCGCAGAUGGCUCCAUUACCGGCAGCACGCAUGGCCGCAUUCACUAAACCGUUCACUUAUGUGGGCCUCGAUUUCUUCGGACCGCUACUCGUGAAGAUCGGGAGAAGCAACGCAAAGCGUUGGAUCGCUGUGUUUACAUGCCUGACCAUUAGAGCCGUUCAUGUAGAAGUAGCGCAUAGCCUCAGCACCGACUCGUGCGUGAAGUGCGUACGGCGUUUCGUUUGUCGACGGGGUUCGCCGGCAGAGAUACACAGCGACAACGGCACCAACUUCCAGGGUGCUAGCCGACUGUUGAGGGAACAAAUGCAAGAAAUACAAGGAGAGCUUGCAGCAACCUUCACCAAUACGAGCACAAAAUGGUUAUUCAUACCACCCGCGACCCCUCACAUGGGUGGAUCGUGGGAAAGAAUGGUGCGCUCUAUCAAAACCGCGAUGGAGACGGCCUACAACAACUGUCGUAAGCUGGACGACGAAGCUUUGGAGACGUUAGUCGUAGAAGCGGAGGCGAUCGUAAACACUCGUCCCUUGACGUAUUUGCCAUUCACUUCCGAAGAAAGUGAAGCCAUUACUCCGAACCACUUUCUGUUGGGGAGCUCAAGCGGUGUUCGUCAGCCAACGGUUGAACCAACGGAUUCAUCGGCAGCCUUGCGGACCUCCUGGAAUCAGAUUCAGUUUCAACUAGACGUCUUCUGGAAAAGGUGGACUCGGGAAUAUCUUCCGACCCUCACGAAGCGCACGAAGUGGUUCGGGGAUGUAAAGCCUGUCGCCGAAGGAGACUUGGUGUACAUCGUGGACGGAGACAGAAGAAACGGCUGGGAACGAGGUCGCGUGCAGUUAGUCAUCAAAGGAGCGGAUGGGAAGAUUCGUCAAGCGAUUGUACAAACUGCGAGGGGGGUUGUGCGUAGACCUGUCUCGAGGUUGGCUGUCUUGGAGGUGGAUCGUAAAACUGAACCUGGUGGCCAGUGUUACGGGGGGGAUGAUGUUGGAACUGGCAGCACGGACAAUGUUGGAACUGGCAGCACGUACAUUGUUGGAACUGGCAGUACGGACAUGGUCGGAACUGGGAGCACAGACAUACACGAGUAG